GAAUAUGGGAUGAGUCUGUUGAAUGGAGCUCAGAGUGAGUCCCACUGAAGUCUGCGCUCCAAAGAAAGCGAAGGACAAGACAGCGGGACAUGAAGCACUGAAAACAAAUGAAUGAGACACGAAAGCGGAGAGAAAGUGGACGGGACUGAAGAAGAAGUUAUGAGCCGAACUGCGAAGAAUUACCGGGGAAAGUGUCCGUGAGAGGAGAAAGCCGACUGAGGGGGGAGAGACAACAAAGUCACAAGUACGUCUGAGUGCAGAGACAGAGCAGCUCCGAAUCUUGACCAUGGCAGACGUGCUGGAGAGCGGCGGGUCGGGAUCCGUCAGAGUGGCCACUGUGGAUUGGCAGAAACGCUGCAUUGCUCUGGAGAUGCAGCUGUUGAGGUUCCGGCUCCAGGCGGGGAAGAUACGAGAGCUGCUGGCGGAGAAGAUGCAGGAGUUGGAGCAAAGGGUGACAGAGGCUGACCAGCGAGCUGAGAGUGCUGAGAAACAGAUCCAUGUCAUGGAAGAAAAGCUAAAGUCUGCAAACAUACAAACCAGUGACUCGGAGAGCUCGCUGUACAGAAAGUAUCAAGACCUGAGCAGUCAGGUGGAGGACAAAGAUGCUGCGAUAAAGAGGUUAGAGGUGCAGCUGGAAAAACAGAUCUUAGUCAGAGCUCAGGAGGCAAAAGUUAUUGAGGAGAAGGCUGCCAAGAUAAAAGACUGGGUCACCGUAAAGCUUCGAGAGAUGGAACAAGAGAACCAGCAGUUAAAAAUGGCUAACCUGAAGCAGUCAGAACAGAUCAUGCUGCUGCAGGACAAACUACAAGCCCUCUUAGAGAAGCCUGCAUCCUGUGGAUCUCCUGCCACCUCCCCUGUAAUGGAUACCCACCUGGUGCCCAGCAGUCCGCUGUUUCCUCCCAGCUGCCCCGGCACACCACCUGCCCAGGACGACAGCUGGAGACAGACAGGUCCCCGAGGAGCUGCCUCUAAUAUCAAGACCUCGCCAACAGAUGUAAAAAGGAAUCCUGAACAGUCCAGUAAAGGGGUUUGCUUGGGAGACCUCGCAGCCCAUGAUUCGCUCACCCAGGGUUGGAGCAGGGAGGGUCCCUGUAGUCCUGUUUCCAUUAUUGGACCAGAGCUCCCAGUGGGCACCUCUGACAGAGACAACUCCUCCGAUGAGCUCAACAGUAAAUUCCGCUCUCAGUGCCUCCACUCGUCCUCUUCCUCGUCUUCUUCCUCCUCAGCCUAUGAGAUGGCCCAUGGACCAAGCUCCCCGGAGCCGUCCAUCAGAAUAACACCCAAAAGCCCGCUCCUGUCGCGCUCACCCUCCACCAACAACCCCUUCCCAAAUCCUCAGAUUCACCUGUCAGGCACCAGCAUGACGUUACCCAAAGUACGGACUCCACUCACUCCCAGGGACAGCAUCCAGCUGGUGAAGAAGCACUACAGCCAGCCGCAGCCCAGCCUGGACCGACUCCACCACCUCAAUGUUAACAUCGACAUCAUGACCCCGUCCUCCACCUCUUCCACCCUCAAGAGCACAGGCACGGCCGCCUCGCCCUUCUCGCAGGUUGUCGAGGAAACGGACAUCGACGACGGCCUUCCUGACAGCAUGGACGGGGUGGUGGAGGGGUCUGGAUCAGAGGAGACAGUCAGGGAUGGAGUCUCCUUUGUGGGUCUCGCAGAGGAGCUGGAGCGGCUGGAUCCAGAUGUUCUGAAGCCGCCAACACCUCCUUUACACCGCUUUCCUUCAUGGGAGAGUCGGAUCUACGCUGUGGCAAAGUCAGGAAUGAGAGUCUCAGAGGCAAGUCCUGGGGCCAGAGGUCUUGGACGAGUGUCUAAUUUACCACAAUAUCCAGCGGCAGGUCCGUUCACUCAGUUAAUCUACAAGAAUAUCAACGUACCAGUUUAUACCACACUGAAAGGGAAAGCCACUCAGAUCAGCAGUGUACCUCUGCCUGACGAUGACUCUGGGUCUGAGGACGACAGCAGCUCUCUGGCCAGUUUGCGGACCUCCAUCCUGAGUCCGGACAGGAAGGGAAGCGUUCCUGGGAGCCCGAGAGCUGUCAAGAGAGGUGUGUCCAUGUCCUCCAUCAGCUCUGAGAGUGAUUAUGCCAUUCCUCCUGAUGCCUACUCCCUGGACAGUGACUACUCAGAACCAGAACAUAAAGUCCAACGAACCUCCUCCUAUUCCUGUGAGAGCACUGGGCCUGAGAUGCUGGAGAAGUCAGGCUACCUGCUGAAGAUGGGUAGUCAGGUUAAAGCCUGGAAGCGUCGCUGGUUCAUCCUGAGGAAUGGAGAGAUCCUCUACUACAAAUCUCCUAGUGAUGUGAUCAGGAAACCUCAGGGUCAGAUUGAGCUGAACUCAUCCUGCUGUAUUGUUCGUGGAGAAGGAGCGCAGACAUUUCAAUUGAUUACAGAGAAGAAGACCUUCUAUCUGACCGCAGAUUCACCCAACAUCCUGGAGGAGUGGAUCAGGGUUCUGCAGAACAUACUAAAAGUCCAGGCCAGCAGCCCGGUCACCGUGGAGACCAGCGCCAAGCCCACCACGAGAGGGUGGCUUACAAAGGUCAAACAUGGACACUCUAAGCUGGUGUGGUGUUCUCUGGUCGGAAAAGUAUUCUACUACUAUCGUAACCAGGAGGACAAGCUGCCUCUGGGUCAGCUGCAGAUGAGGGAGGCUUCCGUACAGGAAGUGGAUCGCUCGUGUGAUUCCGAUGAGGACUACGAGGCCGGCAGUCGAGGCUUCCUCUCUUCACACUGCACUUUAGUGGUUCAGCCCAGAGACCAGAGUCCUACAUACCUGCUCAUUGGCACCAAGCAGGAGAAGGACACGUGGUUUUAUCACCUGACUGUGGCAGGAGGCAGCAGCGGGACCUUUAAAGUGGGAACAGAGUACGAGCAGAUCAUCGGCAAACUGCUCGACGCAGAGGGAGACCCAGACUCUGCCCUGUGGAAGAGCGAGGCCUUGAGUUUCAGUAAGGAGGGUCUGCGCUCGCCUCUCACCACGCUGCCCUCUGAAGCUCUGCAGACAGAAGCUCUCAAGCUUUUCAAGUCCUGUCAGCUCUUCAUAAACGUGCUGGUUGAGUCUCCAUCCGUCGAUUACCACACCUCGCUGGCCCAGAAUGCUUUGCAAGUCUGCCUGACCCACCCUGAGCUGCAGAAUGAAAUGUACUGUCAGCUGAUCAAGCAGACCAGCAGCCGGACGCCACACAACUACUCCCUGACACAGUGCUGGCAGCUGUUGUCUCUGUGUGUGGCUCUGUUCCUUCCUCAGCAACAUUUCCUUUGGUACCUGAGACAAUACCUGCAGCGUAAUGCCGACCCGAGGAGUGAGGUUGGGAAGUACGCAGUGUACUGUCAAAGGUCUGUGGAGCGAACUCUGCAGAACGGAGAGCGGGAGGCCAAACCUUCCCGCAUGGAGAUCGUCUCCAUCCUGCUGAGGAACCCCUACCACCACUCGCUGCCUUUCAGCAUCCCAGUGCACUUCAUGAACAACACCUACCAGGUGGUGGGUUUCGACGGCUCCACCACAGUGGAGGAGUUCCUCAACACACUUAAUCAGAGGAUUUGUGUGAGGAAGCCUCAGCUCUCCGGCUUUGCUCUGUUUACCGAUGAUCCGUCAGGGAAAGACCUGGAGCACUGCCUGCAGCCGUCUGCCAAGAUCUGUGAUGUCAUUUCCAAAUGGGAGCAGGCCCUAAAAGAGUUGCAUCCUGGGAAAAAUGAGGGGACGAGGAUAGUCCGUCUAACAUACAAAAACAGGUUGUGUUUUAGAUCUCAAGUGAAAGGAGAGACAGAGCGGGAGCGCCUCCUGCUGGCGUACCAGGUGAAUGAUGAAGUUCAGCAAGGCCACUUCCCUGUGAACAAAGAGCUGGCUCUUGAGGUGGCUGCACUCAUGGCCCAGGUUGAACAUGGUGAUCUGGAGAAACCAGCUGCCUCCUCUCCUGCCGGCUCUCCUCAGCCUAAAUCUCAGCUGAUUCUCCUGCAGGCGUUGGAGCGCUUUUACCCCAAGCGCUACAAACAGGACUGCAGCUCAGAUCAGCUCAGAGAUCUUACUGAGCGUCUGACCACUAAGUGGUCUAUGCUACGUGGGUGCAGUGCAUCCGAGUGUGUGAGAAUAUACCUUACUGUGGCUCGGAAAUGGCCGCUGUUUGGAGCCAAACUCUUCAGUGCCAAGCCCGUCCCGCCCUCUCCUGUCGAGCAGAGCCAGGUGUGGCUUGCGGUCAAUGAAGAUGGACUGUGUGUGUUGGACUAUACAAUGCACACGCUGCUCACAUACUCCUACCAGUGUGUGAUCACGUUCGGUGGAUGUCGUGAUGAUUUCAUGGUGGUCACGAGCCAGCAGAGGGAGCCGGGAGGAGGCAAGAAAAGUGUGGAGAAGCUGGUCUUUGCAAUGGCUAAACCUAAGAUCCUGGAGGUGACUCUGCUUAUGGCCAGCUACAUGAACCACUGGAACCCGAACCUCCCGUCUGCCGCACAACACCAGCCGCCCGGCCACUGGGACGGAGACAGCCGGCACUUUCCCGCCAUGAACUAUACCACCAAGGGCCCGACGCUACUGUGAAGACCCAACGGAGACUGUUUAACUACAGGGAGGCCUGAAGACAGCGGUGACCUUUAGUCUGCUUCAUGUGGAGUGUGGCUGGGUUUUACAUUUUAACAGAGCAGGUACUUGGACAUUAGUCUUUUUUAAAUGAAAAUUUAGAUUUAGAAAAGUCAGAUUUGGUCUUGUUAGACUAUUUAUUUCCACAACAAAAGAGUAUUUUAACUCUGCUUGAUUUAGAUGUAAGAUCAUGCUCUAGUUUCUUGUUGAAAUUGGAUGCUGGAAUUCAUUUCUUAACUACAGUAGUGGACUUGUUCUAACCUGCAGAGAGAGAUCUUUUUCAGUCAAAUCGACUUGUUUUUCCAGUUUUUUUUGAGACUUCAGAUUCUUUCCAUGUAUAAGAAAAGAGCGUUUGCCUUCUGAGAAAUGGGUCUCAUAAGACGAAGUGUUGCCUGUCACUGUGUAUUAACCAGCGGUGAUCACUCUGACUUGAUAGUGCAUGAAUUGAAAUUCACUAACGGUACUGUGCAAUUAGAAAGGGUCUAAUAUGGCGUGUGAUACUUCAGUUGCAUAAGUUUUAGUAACUUAACUGAUAAUGACACAAACUUAGAAAUGCGUCUAACUCUUACUUUCAUCAUAGAAACAUUCUGAUGAUUGUUUUCUUAGAUAACUGAUACAUUUCCUUGUCGAGGUGGGGAAAAAUAGAUUUAUGUAAAAAUCGAGAUUCUUAUCUUGUGAGAUUUUUAAAUCAGCCACGCCCUGCUAAGUGCUAAGGCUAGCUCUUUCACUCAGUAGAAUGCCAAAUGGAGCAGCAAGAAAUUCAGCCGGUCUCACAGAUGACUGGAGUAGAUCCUGAAGUAUGUACUCGUUCAUGAAUAGAUUUUGAAUCAUGAAUCGUUUUGAAUCGUAAAUAGAUUCUCAAUCGAAUCGUGACCCCGAAGAAUCGAAAUUGAAUCAAAUCGUGAGACACCUAAAAAUUCCCAGCCCUAUGUCCUUGUCCAUAUAAAUGUCUGAAAUAAAGUUUAUUACAGGUUUUUGAAGCCCAAGUUGAAAACGGUAUUUUUGCUUUAAAAAAUGGCUUAAAUGAUAAAAUUGCGGUUACAAAAGUUCAACUAAUCUGUUAAUCAAUUUAUUGUUUUGAUUUUUCUUAACAUAAUUUGUUGUUUAUUCUUAUCAAAUAGGGGUUAGGAAUAUUAAGGUAAUAUUUCAGAAACUUUUGUAAUCCUUUUCUGAAGAAGAAAGUUCAGAUUUAGCUCUCGUAUGGAGCCCAAAUCUGCCAAAUCAAAAGUGAAGUUUGUGAACAGUUUGACCCAAAAAAACAAUCUGAGGCACACACGGAUACUGCGGGAUAGAAAGAGGUAAAUAAGUAAGGCCUCAGUAAAUGUUUCAUCAAUGUAACCUGUUUGUUUUCAUUUCUGAGAACGUCCUCUUCUUACCAACACAUUCUCUGAAUCUGUCCACACUUGCUGCACAGACGUUUUUUAGAGGGGACGAAAAAAAACAAAAAAACAAUGAAAGAGCUAGCAGAAUAUUUCAAUGACUUGAACUGUGUUGGAUCAAACCACUGUCUUGCUUUUGUCCAUAUUAGUUAUUUAUUUAAUGUCCAUCCUUUUUCCUUUUUGCCUACUCUUAUGUUUGAUACAAAACUGCAGUUUCCUUUAUGUAGCAGAGUAAUUUAAGAGAGCAGAGUAUGUUUGGAUGUUGUAUACGUACUAGAGGGUCCUGUCUUUUUUGUGUCGCUUGUUGUAUGUGAGUGAUUAUAAAUAAAACGGUACAAUCUUG